CAGCCGCCGCCGCCGCUCGCCCUGCCUCCUCCUCCGCCGCCGCGCCUCCUCCCUCACUCGCCGGCGCGCUCGCCUCCUCGCUAGAUGGUGUGCGAGCCGCCCAAGAAUUAGACACACUCCGGACGCGGCCAAAAGCAACCGAGAGGAGGUGUAGUGUGGUGCCAGGGGGAGGGAGGGGAGGGAGGGAGGGAAAGCGAAGAGGAGGAGGAGGGGAGACAAAAACACCGAAAAACAAAAAGAGAGAAACAACACCCAACAACUAGGAGGGGGGGAAGAAAGAAAGAAACCCACCCACCCACCAGAAAAAAAAAAAAAAAAAAAAAUCCUGUGGCGCGCCGCCUGGUUCCCGGGAAGACUCGCCAGCACCAGGGGGUGGGGGAGUGCGAGCUGAAAGCUGCUGGAGAGUGAGCAGCCCUAGCAGGGAUGGACAUGAUGCUGUUGGUGCAGGGUGCUUGUUGCUCGAACCAGUGGCUGGCGGCGGUGCUCCUCAGCCUGUGCUGCCUGCUACCCUCCUGCCUCCCGGCUGGACAGAGUGUGGACUUCCCCUGGGCCGCCGUGGACAACAUGAUGGUCAGAAAAGGGGACACGGCAGUGCUUAGGUGUUAUUUGGAAGAUGGAGCUUCAAAGGGUGCCUGGCUGAACAGGUCAAGUAUUAUUUUUGCGGGAAAUGAUAAGUGGUCAGUGGAUCCUCGAGUUUCAAUUUCAACAUUGAAUAAAAGGGACUACAGCCUCCAGAUACAGAAUGUAGAUGUGACAGAUGAUGGCCCAUACACGUGUUCUGUUCAGACUCAACAUACACCCAGAACAAUGCAGGUGCAUCUAACUGUGCAAGUUCCUCCUAAGAUAUAUGACAUCUCAAACGAUAUGACCAUCAAUGAAGGAACCAACGUCACCCUUACUUGUUUGGCCACUGGGAAACCAGAGCCUUCCAUUUCUUGGCGACACAUCUCCCCAUCAGCAAAACCAUUUGAAAAUGGUCAGUAUUUGGACAUUUAUGGAAUUACAAGGGACCAGGCUGGGGAAUAUGAAUGCAGUGCGGAAAAUGAUGUGUCAUUCCCAGAUGUGAAGAAAGUGAAAGUUGUUGUCAACUUUGCUCCUACUAUUCAGGAAAUUAAAUCUGGCACCGUGACCCCCGGACGCAGUGGCUUGAUAAGAUGCGAAGGUGCAGGUGUGCCGCCCCCGGCCUUUGAAUGGUACAAAGGAGAGAAGAAGCUCUUCAAUGGCCAACAAGGAAUUAUUAUUCAAAAUUUUAGCACAAGAUCCAUUCUCACUGUUACCAAUGUGACACAGGAGCACUUCGGCAACUAUACUUGUGUGGCUGCCAACAAGCUAGGCACAACCAAUGCGAGCCUGCCUCUUAACCAAAUUAUUGAACCUACUACCUCUAGUCCUGUCACAAGUCCAGCUCCAAGUACAGCCCAGUAUGGAAUUACCGGGAGCGCUGAUGUGCUUUUCUCCUGCUGGUACCUUGUGUUGACACUGUCCUCUUUCACCAGCAUAUUCUACCUGAAGAAUGCCAUUCUACAAUAAAUUUAAAGACCCAUAAAAGGCUUUUAAGGAUUCUCUGAAAGUGCUGAUGGCUGGAUCCAAUCUGGUACAGUUUGUUAAAAGCAGCGUGGGAUAUAAUCAGCAGUGCUUACAUGGGGAUGAUCGCCUUCUGUAGAAUUGCUCAUUAUGUAAAUACUUUAAUUCUACUCUUUUUUGAUUAGCUACGUUACCUUGUGAAGCAGUACACAUUGUCCUUUUUUUAAGACGUGAAAGCUCUGAAAUUACUUUUAGAGGAUAUUAAUUGUGAUUUCAUGUUUGUAAUCUACAACUUUUCAAAAGCAUUCAGUCAUGGUCUGCUAGGCUGCAGGCUGUAGUUUACAAAAAUGAAUAUUGCAGUGAAUAUGUGAUUCUUUAAGGCUGCAAUACAAGCAUUCAGUUCCCUGUUUCAAUAAGAGUCAAUCCACAUUUACAAAGAUGCAUUUUUUUUCUUUUUUGAUAAAAAAGCAAAUAAUAUUGCCUUCAGACUAUUUCUUCAAAAUAUAACACAUAUCUAGAUUUUUCUGCUCGCAUGAUAUUCAGGUUUCAGGAAUGAGCCUUGUAAUAUAACUGGCUGUGCAGCUCUGCUUCUCUUUCCUGUAAGUUCAGCAUGGGUGUGCCUUCAUCAAAUAAUAUUUUCCUCUUUGUCUCCAACUAAUAUAAAAUGUUUUGCUAAAUCUUACAAAUUGAAAGCAAAAAUAAACCAGAAUGAUAAAGUUAAACCAUAUACUAUCUCUAAGUAAUGAAGGAGCUAUUGGAAUGUAAAAAUCUUUUCCUGAACUGACAGUGAGGCUUGAGAAUUUUGCCCCACACUAACUCAGUUCUUGUGAUGAGAAACAAUUUAAUAACAGUAUAGUAAAUAUACCAUGUGAUUUCUUUAGUUGUAGCUAAAUGUUGGACCAACUGUAGGAAAUCAUUUCCUUUAAAAUGACAGCACAGUCCACUCAAGGGAUUGCCUAGCAAUACAGCAUCUUUUCCUUUCACUAUUGCAAGCCAAAAAUUUUAAGAUGAUUUGUCAGAAAGGGCACAAAGUCCUAUCACCUAAUAUUACAUGAGUUGGUAAGCGCUUAUCAUUCAUUUUGUUUUGUGGCCAGUAAGUUAGUAUGACAGAGGCAGUGCUCCUGUGGACAGGAGCAUUUUGCAUAUUUUCCACGCGAAAAUAACACUCAAUUGAUGGUCUGGAAUGCACGUUAUAUAUUUUAAAAGUUCCAAAAUAUGUUAUAACAAACAUUCUAUAUUGGUAUAUAGCAGAUCAAUCUCUAAAAUAGCCAAUUCUUCAAUAAAAUCUUUCUAUAUGGCCGUUUCAGCUCAAACAAGUAAAACCAAAAAGAGACCAUCCUUUAUUUUUUCUUGAUAUAUGUAAGAUGUGAUCAAAUAAAGACAAGACACCUGUGAUAAGAUUAUCUUAGGAUAUACUAAUUAUCAAGUUAUUGUGAAUGUUAAUUGUUUCUACUAUAAAAAAUGAAAACUACAUUUUGGAAGGAAAAUGUUGUUACUCUAGGUAUUACAUUACAGGAAUAGUUUGAUGGUUUCACUCUUUACUAAAGAAAGACCAUCAUCUUGAAAGCCAUUUUACAGGUUUGAUGAAGUUACCAAUUUCACUACACCUAGAUUUCUACAAAUAGUCCCCUUUUACAAGUCUUAACGACAAAGAUCCUACAAUAAAAUUAGAUAUAAUAAAUUUUACGGUGCUUAUACAUAUUUGAGGUAUCUAGUCAGUUGCCCUGGAGGGAUGGCUUAAAACCUGUGAUUUAUUUUUUCUUCAAGUAAAACUUAGUCCCAAAAUAUACCAUAAAUCAAUUUUAAUUAGAAAAAUGAAUCUUAAAUGAAGGGACAUAAAUAUACACUCUUUCCAUAAAAUGGCAAUAAGGCAUAAAGCUAUUAAAUCUACUAACUGUAAUAAAUGGAUGACAUUAUUUUGACUGAUAUAUUUAAGAGUUUUUAGAACAAAUAUGACACUUAACUUUAUUAUUUAUUUGCUUUAAAAAUAUUUUUUGUGGAAUUGGAGAAUAAACUACAAAAUAUUAUUUUGUAUUGCAGCUUUAAAGUAGCACACUCCAUAAUAAUCUACUUCCUAGAAAUAGUGGUGCUACCACAAAAGUGUUAACCAUCAGUACCAUUGUUUGGGAGAAAGAAACAGAUCAAGAAUGCAUAUUAUUCAGUGAUCGCUUUCCUAGAGUUAAAAUACCUCCUCUUUGUAAGGUUUGUAGGUAAAUUGAGGUAUAAACUAUGGAUGAACCAAAUAAUUAGUUCAAAGUGUUGUCAUGAUUCCGAAUUUGUGGAGUCUGGUGUUUUUACCAUAGAAUGUGACAGAAGUACGGUCAUAGCUCAGUAGCUAUAUGUAUUUGCCUUUAUGUUAGAAGAGACUUUCUUGAGUGACAUUUUUAAAUAGAGGAGGUAUUCACUAUGUUUUUCUGUAUCACAGCAGCAUUCCUAGUCCUUAGGCCCCCGGACAGAGUGAAAUCAUGAGUAUUUAUGAGUUCAAUAUUGUCAAAUAAGGCUACAGUAUUUGCUUUUUUGUGUGAAUGUAUUGCAUAUAAUGUUCAAGUAGAUGAUUUUACAUUUAUGGACAUAUAAAAUGUCUGAUUACUCCAUUUUAUCAGUCCUGACUGUACAAGAUUGUUGCAAUUUCAGAAUAGCAGUUUUAUAAAUUGAUUUAUCUUUUAAUCUAUAAUAAUUUUUUGUGAGCUAUUCGUUUCAGGAUUAUAUUUUCUACAAGUUCCAUUUGUGGGACUCCUUUUGUUGCCCCUAUUUUUUUUUAAAGAAGAAAGAAAGAAAAAUAAGUAGCAGCUGAAAAAUGAAAAUGGAGAGAGAAAAAGAAUGAAGAGGAAAGGAAAUAAAGACAGAAAAAAGGAAGGAUGGAAGGACUGAAGGAAGGAAGGAAGGGAGGAAUGGGAGAAGGAAGAGAGAAAGAAAGGAUGAGAGGGAAGGUAGAAUCCGAAUAUUAGGGUAGUUAACUUACACAUUUGCAUUCUUAGUUUAACUGCAAGUGGUGUAAUUAUGUUUUACAAUGAUCUCAUUCGAAACGUAAGUCCUAUUACACCAUCAAAUUCCUAUUAUGCAGCAAUUAUAUCAUCAAAAGUACUGCCCAAGUUAUAGUAAUGUGGGUGUUUUUGAGACACCAAAGAUUUGAGAGAGAGAAUUUUAAACUUAAAGCCACUUUUGGGGGGUUUAUAACUUAACUGAAAAAUUAAUGCUUCAUCAUAACAUUUAAGCUAUAUCUAGAAAGUAGACUGGAGAACUGAGAAAAUUACCCAGAUAAUUCAGGGCAAAUAAUAUAUAUAUAUAUAUAUAAAUACCCCUAUGUUUGAAGUCAGAAAACUCUGAAAAACGGAAUUAUCAAAGUCAAUCAUCUAUAAUGAUCAAAUUUACUGAAAAAUUGUUAAUUUAUCCAUUGUGCUUAGCUUUGUAACACAGCCAAAAGUUAACUAUUUAAUCUUUUCAAUAAAAAUUGUUUUUUGAAAUCCAGAAAUGAUUUAAAAAGAGGUCAGGUUUUUAACUAUUUAUUGAAGUAUGUGGAUGUACAGUAUUUCAAUAGAUAUGAAUAUGAAUAAAUGGUAUGCCUUAAGAUUCUUUGAAUAUGUAUUUACUUUAAAGACUGGAAAAGGCUCUUCCUGUCUUUUAGUAAAACAUCCAUAUUUCAUAACCUGAUGUAAAAUAUGUUGUACUGUUUCCAAUAGGUGAAUAUAAACUCGGUUUAUCAAUUAAAAUAUGUAUUUGACUCA